CAUAGGUUAAUUUAAGUUUAACCCUGACAAAAGUUGAAAUGAAGUAAUCCUAAAGAAAUGAAUUUUCCUUUAAUUAACGCGAUGGAGAAAAACAGAGGGUUCAAGAGUCAAAAACAGAGUCCAUCACAUCAAUGGAGCUAACGAGUCCCCUCCGCCUCCCGCUCUUCCUCUUCUCCGCGGCAUUGAUGUUGAAUUCGGCUAUUUCGCUCGGAAUCAACUACGGCCAGCUCGGAAACAACCUCCCCCACCCCGAAUCAGUGGUCCCGCUCGUCAAAUCCAUCGGCGCCCGCAGCGUUAAGCUCUACGACGCCGAUCCCCGCGUCCUCAAGGCCUUCGCCAACUCCGGCGUCGAAUUCAUUGUCAGCCUCGGCAACGAGGACCUCGUCCGCAUGCGCGACCCCAAGCAGGCCGCCGCGUGGGUGAAAUCGAACGUCCAGUGCUACCUCCCGGCCACCAAAAUCACCUUCAUCGCCAUCGGCAACGAGGUCCUCACCCUCAACGACUCCGCCCUCUCCAACAGCCUCCUCCCGGCGAUGGAAUCCGUCCACGCCGCCCUCGUCUCUCUAAACCUCGACAAGCAGGUCGCCGUCACCACCGCGCACAACCUCGCCAUCCUAGACGUCUCCUACCCGCCCUCCGCCGGCCAAUUCCGCCGCGAUCUGGCGCAGAAGCUCUCCUGCAUCCUCGAAUUCCACAGUAAAGUCGGAUCCCCCCUUUUCAUCAACGCCUACCCCUUCUUCGCGUACAAGUCCAAUCCGAAGCAGGUGCAGCUCGAUUUCGUGCUGUUCGGGCCGGGCUCGGGGAUAAUCGACCAGGGAUCGGGCUUACACUACUACAACAUGUUCCACGCGCAGGUCGACGCGGCGUACGCGGCGAUGGAGAAGCUAGGGCAUAAGGAUGUGUGUUUGCAGAUCUCGGAGACGGGGUGGCCGUCGAAGGGGGACGCGGACGAGGCGGGGGCGACGCCGGAGAACGCGCGGCUGUACAACGGGAAUUUGAUGAGGCUGAAGAAGGGGACGCCGAUGAGGCCGAAUGCGGACUUGAAUGUGCACGUGUUUGCCUUGUUUAAUGAGAAUCAGAAGCCCGGCCCGACCUCUGAGAGGAAUUUCGGGCUGUUCAAGCCCGAUGGCACCCCGGUUUAUAAUUUGGGGUUUAAUACCACGGGAUUGGGAUUGGGAAUGGGAUCGGUGAGUGGUAACUCUUCCGUGUCGGAUGGCGGCACGUCCUCGCCGGAGGGCCCCUCCGACGGCUACUUGGCAAUUACUUCCGACCACGCGAGGAGCCUUCCUCUAUCAGUUUUGUGCAUGGCGGUUUCGGCCGUUGUAGCAUUUCACCUCUGAUCAUAAUAUCCAAGGUUCAUACAGAGAAUCACUUGAAAAGAAGAAGAAGAAGAAGAGAGGCAGAUGCAAAAAAGGCUAGAGGCAGCCCCGGCCACAUCCAGUUAGCAGUAUGGAGAAUUUAGGAAGGUCGGCUGAAUUAUUUGAGUGAUGGGAUAUGAGGAGAAUUGAGAAAGAUGCAUUGCUCUUUGUUACUUUUAGGCUGGCAUUGAGUAUGUGCUUUUUUCCUCUCUGUUUUUUCGCCACUUAUACCCUAGAUUUUAUUUGAUGCUGUGGAUCAUGGACCACCACCUAUUAUUUAUUUCACCUUCCAUUAUUAUUAUUCGUUUCUCUUGAAUUUGGGAUCCUAUUAUAAUAAUUAUUCAUUCAUCCUGAAA